AAGUGAGAAAUUGAGAUCGUGUUAAUAAUCUAUACGAUAUUGAAACAUAUAGAGUUACAGGUGACAUGCGCUGGUAGUCUUAGAAACAUUGCCAUAAAAUUCCGCGAUUGAUUGAGUGUUCCAACACUUUGAUAGCGGAGGCAACAGCGCCGGUCCAUCGAUGCACAGGUAGAUCUGUGACUCCACAUUGUGUUCAGCGGUUGACGAAAUAAUUGAUCGUCAUUUACAGAACCGUUACGGACCUUAUUACUGCGACAGAUGACCGGCUGCUGCUAGUUAGGUGACCGAAAUGAACAGAUAAUUGUUAAACUAUGGAAACUGCCAACGUUGGCCAAUGUGACAUUUUUUCCAGCCUCUUGCUGAAUGUGGCUAUUUUCGAUAUUAUGCGUGAACUCUGUGGACUUCUGUCGUUUUAAAUAGAACCAUAAAUAGUGUUGUGUGCAUGAACGGUUUAUGGCUUUGAUAUAAGUACUGCUGUGGACGGGGAUAUCCAUUAGUGCGGGAUCUCAGCAACGCUGUGUCAAAUUCUUCAUGCGUUAGCCUGCACAUUUAUCAAACUUCAAAAUCGACCUUGUAAAUAUUUGCCUCCAUCCAUCUCUAUUGCCUGCGACGGGUUAUCGAUAGUCUGCAUCCUGGAGUCUAUGGUUAUGAUAUUUACGGAGAGAAACCGAACGGAGACAAAUUUCCUGUAGAAGAAUCAGAGUCCUCAAGCCAAGGACAGAUCACACAGUGAAGGUUCCGUUCGAUGAACAUAUUCAAUCAUACGUUGGAUUUAAGGCAUUCGACUCCAAGGGAUAUUCUAUGGUCUGACCUAUGAUUCACUUCGAACACGAUAAUAUUGUCACGUGAUACGUCAGAAUGACCUCACCAAAUGAUGACCUCACCCGUGGCAGGAUGCAUCAGCAACAAGGGAGGUAAUCUUGUGCAACUGACGUCAUUCUCUCUGGUUCAAGACUGCAGGACGGAAAAAAUCGACAACAACCUAAAACAGGAAAUUACAAAGCUCACAGGUGACCUAAACCACGAAACUGCCCAGUACUGCAACUUGGCCGUUGCCCUUGGCGGAAGUCAAGACACCUUAGACCUGCGCGAUGAACUGAAGCACAUCCGCCAGAGGGCAUUCGAAAUAGCGCGCCAAAACAAACAGAAACUGAUUCCUGCCUUACGAAAGAAAAAUGUGUGUGAAGAAGAUGCUAAGCAGCUAGAGCGGCUGUACAAUAUGUUCUCCUCUUGCCUUGAACUCCUAGAGGUGGAGCUGUUCCAAACCCUCCGACUUCAGAAAAUGUUCCCACUACAAUCAGGUGUCCACUUUCUGAUAAACGUGGGGACAUCAGAGCCCUUUCUGGGAUGUAAGUCACAGAUCAACAUAUCCGAGGUGUCCUUACAGAAAGAAUCGGAGGAAAUCAAUUUGUUAGAGAGGGAUAUCGCUGAUGUUCAUGACCUCCUCUUCACAAUAAAUCAGAAAAUUGCCGUCCAGCCCUGGGCGGCCGCCACGUACAACGAAACUUCUCAGCAAGACGAAGAUUGCAAGUCCGAAUCGUCAACCAGUGGGUCGACAGCAUCAUCGAUUGACAUCACAAUGGUGGAACCUAACAACAAGAGGAAACGCUGGCUGUGUGUCGUCAUCAUGACCUUUGUUGCGGUCCUGUUAUCAGCCGCCAUUAUUGGAGUCUGUUUAGGACUGUUGAAAUAAACUUGACUAUUUGUUACAAAUGUUUUAUCAUAGACCCCAUAUACCAAAGUAACACGGUGCAAUUAUGUAUGCCAUGAUUAUCUAUUUUCGUAUUUAGAUGUGAACUUAAUGAAAACCCCAUAACUCUGUCAAAAUGAAAGAUAUAUCUUUAUUAUAAUUUGUAUUUCCAGUUUAGAAGGGUUUUGAAAAAGAAAAGAAAAUUGUACAAAUUUAAUCUGGAUAUUUUUUUCUGAGAUAGGUAUCAAACAAAUUGAAGUAUGGUUUCUGUAUAAAAUAUAUGUAUAAAGAUAUAGUGAAAAUACUAUUUGAUUUGAAAUUAAUUUUUAUUGAACAUUGCUUAAUUAAAGGUUAUAAUAUUUAUUUUCUAUAAUAUUGGGGUUUUUCUUAAAGUUUAAAUUAAAGAUAACAUGUAUGUAUGUUAAACCUGGUAAGUAAUUGAAAAGAAAUACAUGCUCUUUGAUUAAUGUAUAUUAAUACUGUGAUUUUGUUAGAAUUAGAAUAUAUGGUUGUAGUUUAAAAUUAAUUAUUAAAAAAACCACAUUAAAUA